AUGGCGUGGCGGCGGCGGCCCGAGGCGGGCGUGGGGGCCCGCGGCGCGCUGGCGCUCUUGGCGCUGGCCCUGUACGCGCCCGGGGCCCGGGGCCGGGCGCUGGAGUGGUACUCGGCCGUGGUGAGCACCGAGUACGUGGACCCGCGCACGAACCGCACGGUGUGGAGCGUCUCGGAGAGCGGCCGCUUCGGCGACAGCUCGCCCAAGGAGGCCGCCCAGGGCGUGGUGGGCGUCCCGCGCGCGGCGGACCGCGACCCCGACGGCUGCGCGCCCGACACGCGCUUCCUCGUGCCCGCGCCCGGCGGCCGGGGGGGCGCGCCCUGGGUCGCCCUGGUGGCGCGCGGGGGCUGCACCUUCAAGGACAAGGUGCUGGUGGCGGCGCGGAGGAACGCGUCUGCCGUGGUUCUCUACAACGACGAGGGCCACGGGAACCUCACCACGCCCAUGUCCCACGCGGGAACAGGAAAUAUAGUGGUCAUUAUGGUUAGCUAUCCAAAAGGAAGAGAAAUCUUGGAUCUGGUGCAGAAAGGCAUUGCAGUCAAAAUGACCAUAGAGGUUGGCACCCGUCAUGUACAAGAGUUUAUCAGUGGUCAGUCUGUGGUAUUUGUGGCCAUCGCCUUCAUCACCAUGAUGAUUAUCUCAUUAGCCUGGCUGAUAUUUUACUAUAUACAGCGUUUCCUAUACACUGGCUCACAGUUUGGAAGUCAGAGCCAUAGGAAAGAAGCUAAGAAAAUCAUUGGCCAGCUUCCACUUCAUACUGUAAAGCAUGGAGAAAAGGGAAUUGAUGUCGAUGCUGAAAACUGUGCAGUGUGUAUUGAAAAUUUUAAAGUAAAGGACAUUAUCAGAAUUCUGCCGUGCAAGCAUAUUUUUCAUAGAAUAUGCAUUGACCCAUGGCUUUUGGAUCACCGCACGUGUCCAAUGUGUAAACUUGAUGUCAUCAAAGCCCUGGGAUAUUGGGGAGAGCUUGAGGAUGUGCAGGAGACGCCUGCUCCAGAAUCUACCCCUGGGAGCAUUUUGGCUGCAAAUUUGAGUAUUACUUUACAAGAUGACAGAAGUGAGGGGAGCAGUUUGCCAUCGUCUUCCACUAGUGAUUCUGCACCGCAGUGUGAUGCCAGUUUUAAAGAAGAUGCAAGUGAAAACACAGCCUUACUAGAAACAGGCAGGAGUGACCUUCAACGUGGAGGACCCAUCUCCUAGUGCACAUCCUGGUGACCGCAUCAUGGACAGAGCUUUGGCUUGAAUUAAAGGACUUUUUUUUUUUUUUUUUUUAACUUUAGCACAUAGUUUGUAUAUUUGAAAAUAAUGUACAUCCUUUUACCUUUCAGGUUCUGAUUUGAUAUACAAAGGGCUAAGAUAUUUUAUUCUUAAAGAGACGUUUUGAUUAGUCUUAAUAUAUUUAUCUACUAAAAUGUAUCAUUUAUGAUAAACAGUAUGUUGCUUUGGACUAUUACAGAGACCACUAGGAAGGCACUCUAAAAGGGAUGGGGUGGGGGAGAGUUUCUGAAUAGUAGACUAGUUGCUUCGGUACUGUGAAAACAGGAUUAUUUUCUUUCUCAAGGAUAGUUUAGGCUAAGCAACUGAAUUUAGACUAAUGGAAUUGGAAUUAUAUAAUUCAGUUCAGUAAUUGAUCAUGAGUUUUCCCUGGAGGAAAGACUUUUCUAGAACAUUAAACCUGUGAAUGAGAUGAAAGAAAUCUAUACCUUUCUUGAACCUCCAUGUUACCAGAUAAAGACUUUGAAACCUAAGAAUACUUCUGGUUUCCUCUUUGGAAUUAUAGGAAAAGCACUAGAUGACUUUAGGAUUUGCAUUUUUCCUUUUUAAUUCUUACUUUCUUGUGACAACCUAAAGGAGAGGGAAAUUUGUCCAUUUAUUCUACAAAUAGAACUAAGAUUCUGCAUCACACAUGAGCAAUAAAUUCAUUGCCUUAAGGAGAUAGAGUAGGCAGACUGAGACUUUUGGAAAUGAUGAAUAUAUUGGUUCCAACUACGAUUUUAUCUUUACAAUUAAAAGGGGGAUAGAUGGAGAAUUUUGAUCAUUGUUACAAAAUAAGCAAGCAGUCAGUUUUGAUUGAUUUAAAGCAGACUUAAUAAUCAUGACCUUGUGUAAUCAUCUAUCCUUUUUAAUCUUAGCUGUUCUUGUAAGUGAAAAGGUCAGGUUAAUGUAACGCUUUUGAAGACUGCGCUCUUAAGUUUUCCAAAGUGAUUAAGCACACACACACACACACACACACACACACACUCUCUUCUCCUUUCCCUUCUUGGAGGUGGAAGUUGAGGAGGGUGAGGGAGAGGUUUUUUUUAACUUGAAACUGUUGUCCUUUGUUGUUUCUAAGCUAGUUGCUGUGUAUAUGUUUAUUUUGUGAGUAAAAAUAAAUGCCUAUUGAGAAGAAAAAUAGAAUUACUUAAAUUUAAAGAAUUUAUUUUAUAGCUGCA